ACUCUAAAUUGUCUGAAGAUGUGAAUGUGAGUGUGAAUGGUUGUGUGUCUCUGUGUGUCAGCCCUGUGUCCAGGGUGGACCCUGCCCAUAUGUAUAUCACUCUUUAUUUAGCUAUUACUUCUCAUAAUUAUCAUACAAUAUAUUUCUAUAUGUAUGAGAAGUACUAUAUAUAAAAUGGAAUAUAUAAGGCUAUAUACUAGGGAUGAGCUUUUACUAUUACUUGAAUCUGUGUCUGUUCAACCAGCUACAUUGUCUGUAUCCGUAUUCUGAGGGGCACUGGACAGAUGACGCAGCCCUGCCCCACCUCAUAUUUAAUUGACAUUGCUCUAAAGUGAAGGCUUCGAGGCAAGGAUGUCUUAUUUUGUUAAAUGCAUGUUGCCUUGACUCCUCUCUCCUUGUGUCUCUUCCUCGAAACCUCCACUCACAUCUCCAGUGGGCAGGACUAAGACACAAGGAGAGUAGCCGAGGAGGGGAAUCAAACUGAGAGAUCAGAAAGACUUCCCGUAUCUCUGUCUCAAACCAGAAUGACUCAGAGUUUUAUGAGCCCUCCCUCCUCUUCCUGCUCUCACACACACAGCCAGCUCCACUCUGUCCACACAUUUCCUUGUUCCCUCCCCUUCAGAUCUACAGAUUGAAGAUGGGUGUAACUAACAUGUGGUGACGUGAAAGAGCUGACAGGCUCCAUUCACUGCAGGAACACAUGAUGUUCAGUUCAGAGCUCAAACUAGUUUCACUUUUAAGGAAGUGAGAGUCAGACAGGCGUUGUCACUGAGAGGUGAAAUGGCGCAGAAAGGAGUUGAGCUGGACCGGGAAACCUUCUCUUGUUCCAUCUGUCUGGAUCUACUGAAGGAUCCGGUGACUAUUCCCUGUGGACACAGCUACUGCAUGAACUGUAUUAAAACCCACUGGGAUGAAGAGGAUGAGAAGAAAAUCUACAGCUGCCCUCAGUGUAGGCAGAGCUUCACACCGAGGCCUGUCCUGGUGAGAAACACCAUGUUAGCAGUUUUAGUGGAGGAACUGAAGAAGACUGGACUCCAAGCUGCUCCUGCUGAUCACUGCUAUGCUGGAGCUGAAGAUGUGGCCUGUGAUGUCUGCACUGGGAGAAAACUGAAAGCCCUCAAGUCCUGUUUGCUGGUGGAGCCCUCCAAGAAGCUGCAGGAGAACAUCUGCUCUCGUCAUGAUGAGGUGAUGAAGAUUUUCUGUCGCACUGAUCAGCAGCGUAUCUGUUAUCUCUGCUCGAUGGAUGAACAUAAAGGCCACGACACAGUGUCAGCUGCAGCAGAAAGGACUAAGAGGCAGAGAGAGCUGGAGGUGAGUCGACAAAACAUCCAGCAGAGAAUCCAGGACAGAGAGAAAGAUGUGAAGCUGCUCCAACAGGAGGUGGAGGCUAUCAGUCGCUCUGCAGAUAAAGCAGUGGAGGACAGUGAGAAGAUCUUCACUGAGCUGAUCCAUCUCAUGGAGGAAAGACGCUCUGAUGUGGAGCAGCAGGUCAGAUCGCAGCAGGAAACUGAAGUGAGUCGAGUCAAAGAGCUUCAAGAGAAGCUGGAGCAGGAGAUCACUGAGCUGAAGAGGAAAGACGCUGAGCUGGAGCAGCUCUCACACACAGAGGAUUACACCCAGUUUCUACACAACUACCCCUCACUGUCAGCACUCAGUGAAUCCACACAGUCAUCCAGCAUCAACAUCCGUCCUCUGAGCUACUUUGAGGAUGUGACAGCAGCUGUGUCAGAAGUCAGAGAUAAGCUACAGGACGUUCUGAGGGAGACAUGGACAAACAUCUCACUGACAGUGACUGACGUGGAUGUUUUACUGUCAGACCCAGAGCCCAAGACCAGAGCUGAGUUCUUAAAAUAUUCACGUGAAAUCACACUGGAUCCAAACACAGCACACGAAGUGGUGUUUUUAUCUGAGGGAAACAGAAAGGUAACAUUUUCCGAACAGUCUUAUCCCAGUCACCCAGACAGAUUCACUGAAUGUUUUCAGGUCCUGAGUAGAGAGAGUCUGACUGGACGUUGUUACUGGGAGGUGGAAUGGAAUGGGGAAGACAUUUAUAUAGCAGUGGCAUACAAGAACAUCAAAAGAGAGGGCAGCUGGGAUGAAUGUGGAUUUGGGCAAAAUGACAAAUCUUGGGCAUUAUAUUCUUACCGAAAUUAUGAUUAUAGUUUUUGGUACAACAGUGUCCAAACUCGUGUCUCAGGUCCUCAGUCUUCCAGAGUAGGAGUGUACCUGGAUCACAGUGCAGGAAUUCUGUCCUUCUACAGCGUCUCUGAAACCAUGACUCUCCUCCACAGAGUCCAGACCACAUUCACUCAGCCUCUCUAUGCUGGACUCUGCAUUGAAUUCCAUUAUAGUUUUACUGCUGAGCUCUGUAAACUUAAAUAGGCAGAGGUCAUUUAAGGGACAGAGGGUUAAAUUCUGUGUUUUAAUUCUUUAAGGUCUUGAUAACAUUUCUUUUACAUAGGUGAAUAAUUAGCGAAAAAAGAAAAAAAAAUAAUAGGACAUCUCACAAAGCUUUUAAAAAUGUGCGGAACUAAAGUAUCACUUCUCCUGAAAAAAAGAGGGAAAAAAACAAAAAUGUAUGUUUUGUCUAUCUCUGAAUAAAACACUGACUUUUGGUUACUGCUUCUAACAGGCUUGUGAGCCAAGAGUAUCUUGACGUUAGUACCACGUGGUAUUUUCGUGUCCUUGGUGAUCAAGAAUCUUUGUAGUUGCUAGUUACUGCGAGUUGGUAUAACUGCAGCUGGAGCAGCUACGUGACCCGCCUUCUUGCUACAUGACCUGUCCACCGUACCUUCAAGUCAGUCCACAAUUAGACCCCUUCGCUCCUUUGCCUCGAAGUGGAAGUCCCGACAAAUUUGCUAAGUUGGUGAUUAGCUAGCUAUGAAGUGUUAAAAUCAAAAGAGAGGUGGUUGUGCUUCAAGCGACAGCCAUGUGGUGACUUGAAUGUAAAGAGAGGGGGGAGGAGAAGUGCGACAUCUAGUGGCUAAUGUUAUCAAUAGUACCUUUAAAUUUGUUUAGUCUCCAUGUUUGUUGCUGAGAGCUGAUUGUUGUGGCGUCUCUUCACUGCACAGAGAUCAGCUGUCAGUCAAACAUUAUGGGCAGUACUUUGAAGUCUUCUCCUGAGUUGAUGUGUAAAUAUUUCUUGCGGUGGCGCUCCUUCCUGUGUGUGUUUAGCCGUGGAGGCUGUCACUGCUCAUCAUGAUGUGUUGUAAACUUCUUUGUGCUCUGAAUGUUUAACGAACAUUUCAGUGGAUGUAUUUGUACGUUGUUGUUUCUCUCCCACUGCAUGAGUCUGAAGAGAGAAAUCAGCAGACCUCCUUUAUCUCAGAUAUUGUGCUUGUAAAUUUGUACAGAAACGUAUAAUUAGCUUUUAAUGUGUUGGUGUGGCAGAUUAGUUAGCUACUAGAAACUGUAAUGAUCCUGAUCAUAAUCAAUAAGGAGAUCAUUCAUUAAUGUCUUUUACACAAACUGAAGGUUUACAUAAUGAAUAAACACACAUGAACAAAGUA